GUCACCCAGCGGUGUUUUAAGCAGAUACCAAGCACAAAGAGCGCAGCGCUAGGGUCUUCACCAUCAGACCUCUUCCGUUUACCUCGCUGAUGAACUUUUGGCUGAACUGAUGAUAGAAACUAAAUCACUUUACAGUAAGUUAAUCGGGAUAAGUUGUUGUUUGAACUUAGGAAUAUGGCUUUUUCUAACACCUGGGCUGUCGCACUCCUGCUGCCUCUGCUGAUAUCAGCCCAGUAUAAGGGGGACAACGGAAUAGUCGUCCCGGAGCAUGGAUUUUGUCAGCCGAUUUCAAUACCUCUGUGCACGGACAUAGCCUAUAACCAAACCAUCAUGCCCAAUUUAGUAGGCCAUUACAACCAGGAGGACGCAGGGCUCGAGGUGCACCAGUUUUACCCUCUUGUAAAGGUGCAGUGCUCGCCGGAGUUGAAAUUCUUCCUGUGCUCCAUGUAUGCGCCUGUAUGCACAGUGCUGGACACGGCCAUUCCUCCCUGCAGGUCAAUCUGCGAGAGAGCCAAGCAGGGCUGCGAGGCUCUCAUGAACAAGUUUGGCUUUCAGUGGCCGGACCGACUACGUUGUGAGAAUUUCCCUGUGAUGGGAAACGGACAGAUGUGUGUGGGACAAAACGACUCGUCCUCGGUCACCGUGCCACCCAUCGUGCCUGUCCCGAGUACGCAGGACCGCCCCGCGUUCCCCACGCAUGACAGGCCUUUCCAUUGCCCGUCUGUUCUCAAAGUCCCACCGUAUUUGAAUUAUAGGUUUUUAGAGGAGAAGGAUUGUGCAGCUCCCUGUGAGCCAUCAAGGAGCGGUGGGUACAUGUUUUUCACUGAUAAAGAGAUUCAUUUCUCCCGCAUUUGGAUUUUGGUUUGGUCUGUGCUUUGUUGUGCAUCUACCUUAUUUACAGUAACAACCUAUUUAAUUGACAUGCAACGCUUCAGAUACCCUGAGCGACCCAUCAUCUUUCUGUCUGGCUGCUACACUAUGGUCUCCAUAGCUUACAUAGCUGGCUACUUCCUGGGGGACAAGGUGGCCUGCAAUGAGAGCUUUAGCCCUGACGCAUAUAAAACCAUUGUCCAAGGCACCAAAAAGGAGGGCUGCACCAUCCUCUUCAUGAUGCUCUAUUUCUUCAGCAUGGCCAGUUCCAUCUGGUGGGUCAUCCUAUCUCUCACAUGGUUCCUGGCAGCAGGUAUGAAGUGGGGCCACGAGGCUAUUGAGGCCAGCUCUCAGUAUUUUCACCUGGCAGCUUGGGCAGUGCCAGCCGUCAAGACCAUCAGCAUCCUGGCCAUUGGACAGAUUGAAGGUGAUAUGCUCAGUGGUGUCUGCUUUGUCAGUCUCAGCAAUCUGGACCCUCUACGAGGCUUUGUGUUGGCCCCUCUCUUCAUUUAUCUCUUCAUCGGGACUUCUUUCUUGCUGGCCGGCUUUGUGUCACUGUUCAGAAUCCGCACCAUCAUGAAACACGAUGGCACCAAGACAGAGAAGCUGGAGCGGCUUAUGGUGCGGAUCGGCGUUUUCAGCGUGCUUUACACUGUCCCUGCCACCAUUGUUAUUGCCUGCUUCUUCUAUGAGCAGGCCUUCCGCCCCCACUGGGAGCGCAGCUGGGUCAGCCAUAACUGCAGGGCCCUGGCCAUCCCCUGCCCUAUGCCAACCGGGCCCCGCAUGACCCCAGACUUCACUGUCUACAUGAUCAAGUACCUGAUGACACUAAUAGUGGGCAUCACCUCUGGUUUCUGGAUUUGGUCCGGAAAGACUCUACAUUCCUGGCAUAAAUUCUACACAAGGCUGACAAAUGCCAAACACGGAGAGACCACUGUGUAGAGUAAAGGGACAACUUUAAGUUGCUGGGAGCAAUUUGUGUAUUAUUAUCUGUUUGACAUGUAACAGGUAAGUAGCACACGGUGUAGCUAUUAGUUAAUACAGCAUUUGUAUUCACCUCAGCUUUAUAGCCACACAUGCAUGCCAAACUGAGGAUUAGGGUUUGACAGAAGGACAAGCUGGAUAAACAAGGAAUGAACCUGACUGUCUGAACAAAUAAGAAGCAUGGCUAUGGAUGCCAUGUGCGGCAGCGCUCUCCUCCCCCUCCCUGGCUCUUUUCUCAAAGCGAACAUAAACUCAAGGGGUGUGAUGAUCCAGCAGCUGAGAAGCACAACGAGCAGUGGAAGAAAAACGUAUCU